UUUAUAUUUUGUUUAGGCUAUUGAAGAGGAAGGUGGAAACCCUGACGAGAUAGUAAUUGCAGUCGACGCGGCUGUGAAGAAAACUCCAAAACGAGCUAGCAAGGGGAGGAAACUGGAAGAUGAAGGAGCUGAAGAUAUUACCAUGGAAGAUGAUUCAGGAGAUGGACAGGAAGACAUAGAAGCAAGUUUAGAAAACAUGCAAGAUAUGGAUAUACUGGACAUGAACGUCCUUGAUGAAGCCGAGAUUGACAAUGGUAUUUUGAUUCAUUGUGAUGAAUAUGAUGCUGAUCAGGUCCUGGACUCUCUUUCUGCUGCUGUGGAGGCUGAAGACGCAGAUGCUCCAAAGAGCCCCUCCAAAGAGAAUGAGCCUGCUUCCAUCCCAGGAGUGGAACCAGAACUGGCUAGUCACUGUGUGAAGGAGGAAGUUGGUGGCAGCGUCUCAGUUGAAGACGAUGAUUUGCUGUCUGAACAGCCCAAACAGGAAUGUGGAGACCACACUGCGGAAACAGAAAAUGAGAAAGUAGCUGGGUCUUGUAAAUCUGAGCCACUUAAAGAAGACCCACAGGAGCAGCCGCCUGCGCAAGACUCGACCGCCUCUGAGACGGCGCAAAAAGUUGUGGAGGACGACCGUGUUUCAGUUACCGUUCAGGCAGAGGACGCCCUUGCUCUCGAUUCAGAAAGCGAAACUCGUGACAAAGAAAAAGCCGACUCUGAGCUGGUUGAUACUGAUUUAAAGGAUGUAGAUAAUCAAAAUGUUGAAGAGAAAAUGGACACAGAAGCAAUAUCUGCAGAAAACAUCCAAGAUAAUAACUUAAGCGUACAGGAUUCGGAACAAACUGAUAAAGAAAUGACCGUUGCGUCUGAAAAAGAAUCAAAAUUGGAAGUUGAUGAGAACAAGGAUGAAGCUGACAAAACAGAAGAGAACCUGAAUACUGGUGACUCGGCAGCUACGAAAGAGUCCUCUUCUGUUGAGGGCGCUGAUCAGAAACAGAGCUCUGACAAGGAGGAAAAAGAUACUAGUACUCAGUCAAAAGAUGAGAAAGGUCAAACAAGUAACAGUAGCAGCACUACAUGUGGAAGGAACCUGUGGGUCAGUGGACUGGCUUCGACCACCAGAGCGACAGACUUGAAAAACCUCUUCAGCAAGUAUGGAAAGGUUGUGGGUGCAAAGGUGGUGACAAAUGCACGUAGCCCCGGUGCCCGUUGCUAUGGCUUUGUUACAAUGUCCUCAACCGAUGAAGCAACAAAGUGCAUUAGCCAUCUGCACAGAACAGAGUUGCAUGGAAGAAUGAUCUCUGUAGAGAGGGCUAAAAAUGAACCCGCUGGAAAGAAACCUUCAGACAAACCUGAUGCCAAAAAGGACUGCAAGUCUACCAGCAGUGAUGCUGCGGGUCUUGCUACAGAUGCUGAACAAUCUGAAGAAAACAAAGAUGAGAAAUCUGAUGCUAAUGAAGAGAAAAAAGAUGAUAGCGAUGGUAAAGGAGGUUGCGGUACAGAAAGAACUGUGGUCAUGGACAAAUCUAAAGGGGAGCCUGUCAUCAGUGUCAAAACUAACAAAGACGGAAGAAGCUCCAAGAGCCAGGAUCGCAAGUCCGAGAGCAAAGAGAAGAAAGACAUCCUCUCCUUUGACCAGAUCAAAGAGCAAAGAGAGCGUGAGCGACAGCGGCAGAAGGAGCGAGAGAUCCGUGAGGUGGAGAGGCGCCGGCACUCUGGAGACAGAGAUGGAGAUCGUGAAAGCAGACGGGAGAGGGAGCGCAUCCGCUUGUUCCGGGAGAAGGAGGAGAGAGACCGGCUCAUCAGGCAGAGGAAGUGGCUGGAGCUGGAAAGGGAGCGCCUGGACGGAGAGAGGAUGGAGCGUGAGCGGCUGGAGAGGGAGCGGCUGCGGGUAGAGUACGAGAGGCGACGGGAGCAGGAGAGGAUACAGAGAGAGAGGGAGGAGCUGCGGAGGCAACAAGAGCAGCUCCGAUACGAGCAGGAUCGCAGGCCACUGAAGAGGCCAUACAACUUUGAUGGAAGGAGAGAUGAUUGGCACGAGAAGAGGAUGAACUUGGAUGACCGGUAUGGACGUGGUUCUGACUUUAGCCGCCAAGACCGAUUCCAGGAUUUUGAUCACCGGGAUCGUGGACGGUACCAGGAUGACCUGCUGUUGGACAGACCAGGCAAGACGUCUGAGGGCCGAGACAAUGGUUUUCCUCCCCGAGCUCCGCCGUUUGCAAAGGGGGCAGAGGGGCCUCGUGAGGGGAGAGCAGUAAACGGUGCUGGGGAGCAUGAAAAACCCAUUCCCCAUGAGGACUGGAAAUCAGAACGCAGACCAGACAAAAAAGAUGCUGGGAGAGACGGGUCAAGAUCAAUGAUGGGAGAAAGAGUUGGGCCGCCAAAACAUUUCUCAGAUGAUCGGUCUGACCGACAUAGCCGAGAUUCUCGCGAUAGCUGGAGCAGUGGAUACGAUAAGAGAGGACUGAAUCAGACCAGAGAUAGUCGUGAUUGGUCUGGAGACCAUGGCCGUAAAAUGGACGGAGACAGAAGCUGGCAAAAUAGCCAUUCUGGGCAAGGUCAUAUGAGUCGUGGAGGAAUGUCUGGUCGUGGAAGCUACAUGCAAGGAGGAAGUUCUCCAGGUGUUUCAGGGACUGUGAACCGGCCAAGCCAAAUGAUGCCAGGUGGUGGAGUGCAAGGAGGGGCUUUUGGACGACGCUAUUAAUUGUUAUAAAUUGUCUGCUGUGUAGUAUGGAGCAACAAAUCCUCCUGGUGUUUUUUUUUUUUUUUUACAUUUUUUUUUAAUUCUGCUGCCUAUAUUCAGCUACAGAGCAAUAUGAGUGAAAUGUGACCUUUUUUUUUGUAUUUGUUUUGCCCCUUUUCUGAAGGGGUGCACAAACUUAUGUAACAAAUUAAAUGUAUUUUUGGUUUUUAAAUACUUACAUUCAUGUUUCUCAACACAUGUCAUUCCACAUAGGCAUUGUUUUAUCAAUAAAUGCACAGAUGAGUCAGUG